AUUGAAUGCUCCAGUAUAUCCGACUACUCCGAAAAAAUUAUCAAGGCCAACCACUUGGACAACAUAAUCACAAUAUUUAAAGGUAAAGUGGAAGAAGUUGAAUUACCUGUGGAUAAAGUAGACAUCAUCAUCAGCGAGUGGAUGGGUUACUGUCUGUUCUAUGAGUCCAUGUUAAACACAGUCAUCUUCGCACGAGACAAGUGGCUGAAACCUGGAGGGCUAAUGUUUCCAGACCGAGCUGCUUUGUACGUGGUAGCAAUUGAAGACAGACAGUACAAGGACUUCAAAAUUCACUGGUGGGAGAAUGUGUACGGCUUUGACAUGACCUGUAUAAGGGAUGUUGCCAUGAAGGAGCCUUUGGUGGACAUAGUAGAUCCAAAGCAAGUGGUGACCAAUGCCUGUUUAAUAAAGAAACAUGGCAUAAUAGCAAAAAUACUUGGACCUGUAUGCUCAAAUAUCAGGUUCUUGGAGAAAUUUCUGCUCUUUUGGAAAUAGCACGAUUCACCCAUAUGAAGCCUUAUCUUAAAGGACUUGCAGGUUUUUUUUGCAAAAAGGCAUCGUGGCUCAGAGACAUCUAGCCACCCUG